AUGAGUACAGCAAAAGUAACUUUGGAAACGUUCAACCCAGAUAAGAAGACUGAUGUAGAACAGCUUGACCCAGUUUUAGAAAUUAACGAAAAUGUUGCAAGUCAAUUAUUUGACCGACCAACUGAAGAAGGCGAAUUCGAAGAAUUACCGCCUAAAAUUUUCGGAUUGAUUGAUAUACAGGAACCUUUAACUAUAGAAUCAUUGAACAAUGCUAUAUAUGAACUAGGUAUUAUUAAUUUGUGUUGGCCGGAAAUUAAAGAACCAGUAUUUGAGACACGCACCUGUUUUCCUACUAGUUAUUAUACAAAUACGAAUAAAGAAAGACUUCUUCUGGCGUACGCGGAAAAUUUUAGAAGACAGUUUCUAUUUCAUUACAAAUUGAGAAAGCCUUUAUUUUUGCAAGCUGUAAACGAAUGCGGGUUAGAGAAAAUGGUUUGUACCUCCAUCCGACCUACAAAGCUAUGUUUCGCUGACACGACUAAUUGGCAAGGAAUAUCUGCGUUGCUAUCAGAUUAUUUCGACUACGAACCUCUUAAAAAACCCAUGUUACAUCUGAUUGUGAUUUGA